AUGAGUGAUGCAGAUGCUCUUGUUGCUGCUGCUACUGCCAUAUUUAUGUCCGCGCUUGUAGACCAACAUGUGCAUUGUUCAACAAGUUUCAGAAAAGCCAUUCCUCCAAGUGAGCGCUUUGCAGUAACCAUGCGCUUUUUAGCAAGUGGAGAUUCAUAUUCGUCCUUGAGCUACCUGCUGAAGAUGUCGAAACAAACAAUUUCCUCCAUCAUACCAGAUGUUUGUGCUGCACUCAUCUCUGUACUUCAAGAUGAAGUAAAAAAACCAGAAAAUGCAUCUGAUUGGAACAUCAUUGCGAAACAAUUUCAUGACCUAUGGCAAUACCCGAAAUGCAUCGGAGCGAUCGACGGCAAGCGUAUAACUCUACAAGCCCCAUUUCACUCUGGAUCUGAAUUUUUUAACUACAAGUCUUUCCACAGUAUCGUUUUACUCGCUAUAGUGGACGCCUCUUACAAUUUCAUCUAUGCAAACGUUGGUUGUCAGGGAAGAAUUUCUGAUGGUGGAGUGUUUAAUAAUACAUCUUUCAAAGAACAACUUGAUACUAACGCUUUACAACUUCCUCCACCAUGUCCUUUACCAGGACGACAAUUACCAAUGCAGUAUUGUCUUGUGGGAGAUGAAGCGUUUCAAUUAACUGUAAAUUUAAUGAAGCCAUUUUCUGGUACAUACGCAAGAGGAUAUAAGGAAAGAAUAUUCAACUACAGACUAAGUCGAGCCCGCAGAGUUUCCGAAAACGCUUUGGGUAUUCUUUCAUCUAGUUUUCGUGUGUUAAGGAAGCCGAUGUUAUUAGAACCAGAUACAGCAACUAAAGUGACUUUGGCUACAGUUUACUUGCAUAAUUAUUUAAGGAAAACAUCAUCACGAUCUAUCUAUUCUCCAAAUGAAAUGUUUGACAAAGAAUGCCCAGACAAUGGAGAAGUAGAUCCAGGUUUGUGGAGACGAGAUUUAUCAUCAUCUCAGCUUUCUAGCGGUCGAGCAGUCUCUAGAAGAAGUAAUACCGAAGCACAGAAUGAAAGACAUGAAUUUGCAGCAUAUUUUUGUUCGCCACAGGGUGAACUGCAUUACCAAUACAACAAAUAAAUUCGACAUCUGAUUUUCAUUAGUACAUUGUAAACAUUUAAAUUUUGUUUACCUUGGGAAACUAUUGUAAAUUAUUGUACUUUAAUGAAUAAAUAAAAACAUUAUUACUUA